AUGGCAACUCCACAAAUGUUGAUUGCAAGUAGAAGAGACAAGAGAUUUACUUGCAUCAUGAAUGAGGGAGUUCAUUUCAUGUGUAGUGUAAAUCAACAGUGGUUUAUGGAUCAUAAAGUUAUAGUCAUAUAUAUCGAUGUUGAGUAUAAUACGAAGAUGAGAAUGCUUUUGGUGGUUGUUUUCGUUCCAAGACGAUUAUUUCUUGAAAUAGAUUUGUCAACAAUAUGUAAAAGAAAGUUUCAAGACAUGAGAUUGAGAUUUGAGAAGCUCGACAUCAGAACGAAAGUAAAGCAAGUAAUUGGCUCAAAUUUGUUGAUUCAUUGGCUGUCAGUUUUUGUCCGCUUUGAUAGCGGAAGACAAGAAGAAAAAAACAUUGGUGAAGUUUAUUCGCUCAUUACCACAGUCUUUAAUCAAACUCAGUGA